GUGUCUGGCUCCUGAGCUUCUAUCGCAGAGCCCAGGUCGUUCCCCGCGCGGAACCCAAGUUCAAAGAGAAAGCCUUGGAGAGAGAAAGGGCGGGACUGUACUGUAGAGUAGUCUCUCUCUCUCUGGUUCUGGAGAAAUGUCUCACCAGCCCAUCCCAGUGGAAAUUUCCGACGAGGAUAACGAGCCUAUCUCUCCUGUACGAUUCCUCAACAAGAAACAGAGAAGAGACAAUAAUGCAAGCUUGCCCACCGUUCUCGUUAUCGACGACGAUCCCACCCCUCAUAAACCAAAUCAUACUGCCACACCCUCGUUUGUCCCCGAAACCCCAAUGUCCAAUCAUGGCAACUCCGAGGUUUCCAUCGUCAAGUGCACUGCUGGUCUCUCCGAUCCCAAAACCAGGUUCUCGGAUGAGAAGUUUUCUGGAAUUAGCGGUUUGAUAUAUUUGGAGUCCGAUAGCGAGUCCGGAAGUGGCUGUGAGAGAGAAAGUUUGAAAGAGAGUGAAAUCAUGGAUAUACGUUUUGAUGUAGCAAGGCGUCCAGAAAUGAACUCCACAUUCUUGGAACCUCCAUGUUCCCUUGGGAAUGCCAAUUUAGUACAAGUUAAUGGGGAAAAUCCACGCAACUAUGAUCUUGAAGGUACUGUUUGUCAGGUAGAUGCUGAUCAUAACAAGGAAAAUGGUAUGCCAGAACAAGCACUUAAUGCAACAAAGCAGAAAAAGAGAAACUGUGGAACUAAUACAGAGAAAAAAAAUCAGAAGGAAGAAGCAAUGGCCAAGAAAAGGCAAAUGAAAGAAGAAAGGAAUCACUUAAUUGAAGAAAGGAAACUAAAGAGGGAGCAAGAGAAGUUGCAAAAAGAAGCUCUAAAAGCUGAAGCAGCAGAAAGGAAAAAAAUGGAAAAAGAAAAGCAGAAGUGGGAGAAAGGGAAGCUUGCGGUAAAAUCUAUUGUAGCCAAAAUUGACGCUAAAGUAGUUGAACUGGGGUCUGUUGGAGGACAUCUCCUUACUAGGUUAUCUGAAAAAGGUCUCACUUUCCGUAUAACCAAGAAUCCAAUUGAAAGAUCAAUUUUAUGGACAAUGGAUGUUCCUGAACAAAUUGCAGAGCUUUCAUCCAAGGGAUCAAAAGUUCCAUACGUUUUACUUGUUUAUGAGGCUGAAGAAUUCUGUAAUAUGGUCAUCAAUCAAUCCUUCCUGGAUCAUGUUUCUAGAGUUCAAAAUUUUUACCCAUCUUACACAGUCUGCUACCUCACAAACAAGUUAAUGGCCUAUAUCAAUAAGAGGGAACAGAGCCAAUACAAGAAUCCUUCAAAUGAUAGUUGCUGGAAACGCCCACCAGUUGAAGAGGUGCUGUCAAAAUUAACCACACACUUUGAUAGGGUACAUUCCAGGCAAUGCAUAGAUGAAGCUGAGAUAGCUGAACAUGUUGUUGGUUUGACAUGUAGCCUUGCCAAUUGCCAAUUUAGAAAGAAGUUGACACGCCUAUCAGUAAAUGCUAAUGGAGCCCUUAUCCCCAAGGAUUUCAUUGAUAGGAACUUAAUAAAAAAUAAUGUGUGGUUGAAAGUGUUGGUAGCUAUUCCAAAAGUACAACCAAGAUUUGCAAUUGCCAUUUGGAAGAAAUAUCCAACCAUGAAGUCCCUUCUUAGUGUUUAUAUGGAUCCAAGUAAAUCGGUACAUGAAAAGGAAUUCCUUCUCAAGGACAUAACAACAGAAGGGCCGCUUGGAAAUGAAGAUAGGAGACUGGGUGAGGUAUGUUCCAAGAGAGUUUACAGAAUACUCAUGGCUCAAAGUGGAAGCAUUAAAACCGAUGAUGUGGAGGAUGGUGCCGACUUCUUUGGGUGCUCAUCAUCUCGAUGAGACAAGGUACAUGAUUCUCAUUGUUAAUGUGACGUGGGUAGAAGCUGACCCCUCCAUUCUGGUGUUGUCUCACAUCAUUGAUGUGAUGUUUUUCGUAAAUUUGUAAUAUAUUUUUGGAAAUCAUGAAGCCAAAUUGUUUGGUGAACGAAGCAGUCCAUUAUAGAUAGAACGCUACAUCCACCGCCUCUGGGAAUUUCAAGCAGCAUUUCCCCUACUAGUCAGGUUACCAAUUUCAAUUUCAAUACAUCCUUAAUCCCUUUAUUCUGUAGAUUCUGUCAGCUUAUAUAUAUUCCAUUGACAGAAAUCGCCCAUCCAA